AUGUCAUUGUGGUUAGUGGCGGCAACUUUGUUUUACUGCGUUGGCACCGUCUACUCGGCUGGCUGUUGUUGUGGUGUAGAAUGUGUAAAAUGUCCAUCACCUCCACCUCCAUGUCCUCCCCCUCCGUCAUGUCCAGCACCUCCUCCACGACCUCUCUCAAUUAUCUGUAAAGCGAGAGAAUGUCCUCCGCCACCUCCACCUCCAACAUGCCCACCACCACCAUCUUGUCCACCACCAGAUCCAUGUGAGCCUUGCCCACCUUGCCCAGAACCACCACCACCACCUCCAUGCCCCGAAUGUCCUCCACCACCGCCACCACCUCCACCAGUUGUAUGCCCAAUAGUAACUUGCUCUCCACCACCAGCAUGUCCGCCUCCACCACCAGCGAGCGUCGAUUGUUGUCAAGGGUGCUCUGACAACUCUGGGUGUUCGGCGAAAUACAGAAAACGUUUCCGUUCUCGAAGCCGUUUGCACAAAGACGCUAAACUGCGUAAACGCGAAGUGACCGAUGAUCAUGAAAUCAUCACUCCUCUUGCCGAUCCAUUCUGUAACGACGAAGCUUUAAAAGCUCUUAUGCUUAGGAAUAUAAAUGAAAAUAUCACCGACUCUAAACGAGCAGUUCAAAAAGAGGCCGAGCUGCAAUUUGUACAGAAGUUCAAUGUUAUAUGCGCGAAUUCCUCGUUUUCAUAUGUUGUUCACUCUGACAAAUAUUGUCAAGUGUCAGCAAAGGGAGUGAACUGUUAUGCCUUCUCAUUCUAA